AUGGAAGUUGGUGAUCACAUUGAGUGUCUAUCAUGCCUCAUGGGAAAACAGAAGCGCCUCUCAUUCCUGUCUCACACUUGUCACCGUGCCACACAUAUCGCAGAACUCAUUCACUCUGACAUCUGGGGACCCAUUAACACUGCUACCAUGUCUGGAGAGACAUAUUUUGUCACAUUCACUGAUGAUUUUUCC